GCUGGAUGUUACGGAUGUUACACACUACAGUAUCUUUAAUGCUACUGCAGUUUAGCUUUGGGUCCUGUUAUUAUGUCAGUCAUGGAAGAAGACGAGGUGGAAUUUGCCGAAGAUUUGGAGGCAAUUCUGCACCUCUCACCAGAAGUGCAACUGGCCAUUGAACAGGUUUUCCCAAGUCAAGAUCCACUGGACAGACCGGACUUCAAUGCUGUAGAAUACAUCAAUACGUUAUUUCCCACAGAACAGUCACUGGCCAAUAUAGAUGAUGUUGUGAACAAGAUCCGACUGAAAAUAAGGCGACUGGACGAUAACAUCAGAACCGUUGUGAGAGGACAGACAAACGUAGGCCAGGAUGGACGGCAGGCACUGGAGGAGGCUCAGAAAGCCAUCCAGCAGCUUUUUGGCAAAAUCAAAGACAUCAAGGACAAGGCGGAGAAGUCGGAGCAAAUGGUCAAAGAGAUCACCCGCGAUAUCAAACAACUGGACCACGCCAAGCGUCACCUGACCACCUCCAUCACCACCCUCAAUCACCUGCACAUGCUGGCCGGAGGGGUGGACUCACUAGAGGCCAUGACGCGUAAGAGGCAGUACGGAGAGGUGGCUAAUCUACUGCAGGGUGUUGUGAAUGUGCUGGAGCACUUCCAGAAGUACAUGGGCAUCCCCCAGAUCCGCCAGCUCUCAGAGAGAGUCAAGGCCGCGCAGAGCGAGCUCGGCACACAGAUCCUGGCCGACUUUGAGGAGGCCUUUCCCUCUCAGGGCUCGAAGAGACCUGGAGGCCCCAGCAUUGUGCUCAGAGACGCCUGUUUGGUGGCCAAUGUGCUGGAUCCACGCAUCAAGCAGGAGAUCAUCAAGAAGUUCAUCAGGCAGCACCUCUCUGAGUACCUGGUGCUCUUUCAGGAAAACCAGGAUGUGGCUUGGCUUGAUAAAAUUGACAGGCGUUAUGCCUGGAUCAAGCGGCAGCUGGUGGACUAUGAGGAGAAGUACGGGCGAAUGUUUCCAGAGGAGUGGUGCAUGACGGAGCGCAUCUCUGUGGAGUUCUGCCACAUCACCAGGACGGAGCUGGCCAAGCUGAUGCGAGCUCGGGCCAGGGAGAUCGAGGUCAAGCUGCUGCUCUUCGCCAUCCAGAGGACCACGAACUUCGAGGGGCUGCUGGCAAAGAGGUUCUCUGGCUGCACCCUGAGCGACGUUCCUGGGAAGAAGCCUGACACCCCCUUGGAUUCCACAAACCCUUUCCUGGGGGACGAGGCUGGGGAGGACACGGCUUCGGAGAAGGAUGAGGAUUUGGACAAGCCAAAGAAACCCAAGGCCCCUGAUAACCCGUUCCACGGCAUCGUCUCCAAGUGCUUCGAGCCCCAUCUUUAUGUCUACAUCGAAUCGCAAGACAAGAACCUCGGGGAGCUGAUUGACCGCUUCGUGGCCGACUUCAAGGCCCAGGGGCCGCCCAAGUCCGGCACGGAGGAAGGUGGCGCGGUGCUGCCCAGCUGCGCUGACCUGUUCGUCUACUACAAGAAGUGCAUGGUGCAGUGCUCGCAGCUCAGCACGGGUGAGCCCAUGAUCGCCCUCACCACCAUCUUCCAGAAGUACCUGCGCGAGUACGCCUGGAAGAUCCUCUCGGGGAACCUGCCCAAGACGAGCACCAACAGCGGGGGUCUGACCAUCAGCAGCCUGCUGAAGGAGAAGGAGGGCUCCGAGGUGGCCAAGUUCACCGUCGAGGAGCUCUGCCUCAUCUGCAGCAUCCUCAGCACAGCCGAGUACUGCCUAGCCACCACCCAGCAGCUGGAGGAGAAGCUAAAGGAGAAGGUGGACACCACCCUGGUGGAGCGGAUCAACCUGUCCGGCGAGAUGGACACCUUCAGCACGGUGAUCUCCAACAGCAUCCAGCUCUUGGUUCAGGAUCUGGACGCUGCCUGUGACCCCGCGCUGACAGCCAUGAGUAAAAUGCCUUGGCAGAGCGUGGAACAUGUGGGAGACCAGAGCCCCUACGUGACGUCCGUCAUCAUGCACAUCAAACAGAACGUUCCUAUCAUCAGGGACAACCUGGCCGCCACACGCAAAUACUUUACGCAGUUCUGCAUCAAGUUCACAAAUUCAUUCAUCCCCAAGUUCAUCAACCACCUCUUCCGAUGUAAACCUAUCAGCAUGGUGGGAGCAGAACAGCUCCUGCUGGACACACACUCAUUGAAAACAGUCCUGCUGGACCUGCCUUCCAUCGGAUCACAGGUGGUCCGGAAAGCUCCGGCGAGCUACACCAAGAUUGUAGUGAAGGGGAUGACCCGAGCAGAGAUGAUUCUGAAGGUUAUCAUGGCCCCUCACGAGCCAGCCGUGAUCUUCGUCGAUAACUACAUCAAGCUCCUCGCUGAUGGAAACCCGGAGACUUUCCAGAAGAUUCUCGACAUGAAGGGUCUGAAGCGCAGUGAGCAGAGCAGCAUGAUCGAGCUCUUCAGGCAGAGGCUACCGACGCCCCCCUCGGGCAGUGACGGUGCUCCUUCGCUCUCUUUUAGUGCCCCUACGCCGGAGCAGGAGUCCUCACGCAUCCGCAAGCUGGAAAAGCUCAUCAAAAAGAGACUGUGAAUCGAUGAAGUGGACACACCACCACUAUGGCCGAUGAUCUGCAACCCUCCAAAUGCCCCCCUGCCAUCCCUAUUCACCUGCC